AUGAUGGAUGAAAUGCUGAAAAUUGACGUUUGUAUUGACUGGUCUGUGGAUCUCAAGAAAUACAUGGUGCUGGCAGGAGAGCCUGUGCGUGUGAAAUGUGCACUGUUCUACGGAUACAUCAGGACUAACUACAGCAUGGCACAGAAUUCAGGACUCAGUCUAAUGUGGUAUAAAAAUAAUGGGCAAGGAGACUCAGAAGAGCCAAUUAUAUUUGCUGGACGCAGAAUAAGCAAAGAAGAGGAUUCUAUUUGGUUCCAUUCAGCAGAGUUACAAGAUAAUGGAUUCUACACUUGUGUUUUAAGAAACUCAACGUAUUGCAUGAAGGUUACAAUGUCCUUGACAGUGGCAGAAAAGGACUCAGGACUUUGCUACAAUAGUAUGAUCCGAAAUUUGGAGAAAGCUGAAAUUACUAAAAGUAAAGAACUCUUCUGCCCAGAUAUUGAAGACUUCAUCAAAGAAGACCAAGAUCUCGAUAUUGUUUGGUACAAGGAAUGUUUGCCUAAAUCAUGGAGAAGUACAAUUUUGCAAAAGAGGAACACCCUUGUGAUACAAGAGGUCCAAGAGGACGAUUUGGGGAAUUACACCUGUGAAUUGAAGUACAAGAACAAGCUGGUGAGAAGAACAACUGAAUUAAGAAUUACAGCUGUACUCACUGACAAGCUACCUCAGCUUCUGCUCCCUCUUGAAAACCAACAAAGUACUGUAGAUGUCCAGCUGGGCCGUCCAGCCAGUCUGAUCUGCAGGGCAUUCUUUGGGUACAGCUCGGUGAACCCAAUCAUUUACUGGAUGAAAGGUGAAAAAUAUAUGGAGGAGCUGGAAGACAGUCAGGUUAAGGAGAGUGAUAUCAGAAUUCUAAAUGAGCACCUUGGGGAGAAGGAAGUGGAAUUGUUGCUGUUAUUCGAUGGGGUGAAGGAGACGGACCUGGGGAAUUACACCUGCAUCGUAGAAAAUCGAAUUGGACGCACGCAGACCAGCAUUCUUCUCCAGAGGAAAGACUUGAUGUACCGAGUAGAACUUGCCGGUGGCUUAGGAGCCAUUCUCCUCCUGAUCAGCUUUCUUGUAACAAUAUACAAAUGCUACAAUAUUGAAAUGAUGCUGUUUUACCGGAGCCAUUUUGGAAGUGAUGAAACAGAAGAUGAUAACAAAGAAUAUGAUGCAUAUCUGUCAUAUACCAAAAUCGACCCUAACUCACUCACCCAGGAAAGUAGGGAAGAAGGGCAAUUUGCAUUGGAAAUAUUGCCAGAUGUCCUGGAGAAGCACUAUGGCUACAAACUGUUUAUCCCUGACAGGGAUCUAAUGCCAAGUGGAACUUAUGUUGAAGAUUUGGCAAGAUCUGUUGAUCAAAGUCGGAGGUUGAUUAUUGUGCUGACGCCAGACUAUGUCAUUAGACGGGGGUGGAGCAUUUUUCAGCUGGAGAGCAGACUGCACAACAUGCUUGUGACCGGAGAAAUCAAAGUUAUUUUGAUCGAGUUCCCCGAUGUGGAAGGGAUAAUGAACUAUCAUGAAAUUGAAGCCUUAAAAGACACUAUAAAACUUUUAUCUGUCAUCAAGUGGUGUGGGCCAAAAUGUAACAAACUGAACUCCAAGUUUUGGAAGAAGGUCCAGUACGAGAUGCCCAUCAAGAAAAAAGAGCCAGUUGCUCGAGGCCAGGUUCUGGAUGCUGGUGAACAGGGUAUUUUUGGAGAGCUGCAGACUGUCUCGACUGUUUCCAUGGCAGCAAACUCUGCCACACUUGCAUCUUCCCAGGCGGAGCUCCCACCAAACUUUCACAAAGCAGAUCAUAUGCAAAUGAGGCACUACUGUCGAACUUAUGAGUAUGACAUUCCGGCUGCUUCAGUGCCCAUUACCUCGAUAAGCAAUCAACACACAUACUGCAAUAUUCCAAUGGCGCUCAUCAAUGGACAGGCGCCGCAGAUCAUUAUCACCAGAGACCCCUCCCUGCGGGACUGCUCGGUGAACAAUGAACGCCUGCCAAUGUCUUCACGGGAGAUUGGUCUCACGAGUGAUAUCUGGUAG